AUGACCCCCGUUCACUUUGCUUUCUCAUCAGCUUUUAUUCUUGGACUAACAGGCCUAGCGUUUCAUCGCACCCAUCUUCUUUCCGCCCUCUUAUGCUUAGAAGGAAUAAUACUCUCUCUAUUUAUUGCCCUCUCUCUCUGAACCCUUCAACUAGACUCUACUAGUUUCUCGGCAGCUCCAAUGCUCCUCCUAGCAUUUUCAGCCUGCGAAGCAAGUGCAGGUCUUGCCCUUCUAGUGGCCACCGCUCGCACCCAUGGGACCGAUCGCCUCCAAAGCCUAAGCCUCUUACAAUGCUAA